AUGUUUCAGAGCCCAGAUCAACCGCCACCAAAAACACUCGAGAAGCCCAGCCUGCCUGAUAACUAUGACUCACUUGAUCCGGAGCAAAAGUCCCAAGCGGACGAACUUUAUCGACGCAGGACGCUCUUUUACAUCUACAUGGCGUUCAAUGGUGGCUUAAAUAAAAAGCACUUGUCAGGGAUGAAAGAUCCUCGUGUGCUACUAUCUCAACAUCUUGUUGAAUGCGCUGAGAAACAAUGGAGUGGAGAUGUUUUUGGCCUAAAAGGAGCUCUCAUCAGGAUAUAUGAAAACUGGCAUCUUUUCAAUGCACAUCUAUCGGAGCCACUUCCAUGCCCGAUCUCGUUUACCCAGUCUGAGAUUGAUGCGUAUUACGAGCAGGAGCCAACCUGGUUUGAAAUGAAUGGUCUCUUUGAGUACUGGAAGUCAGAGCUAGGAGGUUUGGGCGAUGACGGAUGGGUGAGGACGGAAGCUUACGAAGACACUGAAAAGAAAAGCAUUAAGUUGAAGCAGGUGUUAUUGGAGGGCUCGGAUACACCGGAAGAAGAACGGUGCGUUCAAGAGCAAUGGCCAUUCCAAGAUCAUGAGGAGUGA